AUGAAUAAAGAUAGCAACGAAUGCGUGUUCGUGACGGAGAAGUCGAAGAUUUUCCCAUCGACUAGGUUUCUGAUGGCCGGCUUGCUGUGCUUCUGCUUCAUCGCCCUGUCGGCGGGGACGUCGAACAUCUCUCAGAGCAUGGUCUGCAUGGUUUACAAGCCAUCAGAAAGCUUGGAUCCUCUGAAUAUCACGUCGUGCAAUCACAACGACGACGAGAUCACUUCUGUUCCCUGCUACCACAGCAAGAAGUUCGCGUGGACUUCCAUGCAACAAGGCAAGUUAAACCUUUUUGUUUGAGGACUUCAUGUCUGUAUAUCGUUUUUUUUUUUGCCUAAACUGGGUUCACAAUGGUGAUCUAUCAGGCUAAAAUUAUUUUGUAAGCCACCAUCUGCUUCCCAACAGCUAUUGCCAUAACAUUCAGGUUCGCAUCAGAUUGAAUCGUAAUAAAAAUAGUCUAAAGUUUUUUGAUUCGGAAUGCAAAUUGAGAACGAAGACACAAAGAACACUGAUCAAUGUUGAGGGUUAAAAAAGAAAAUAAUUGAAAAAAAUGCCUUCUUUUCACAACAUGGUAAUCCAGGAUUCGUCUACGCUGGUCAAAACUUCGGGUCUCUUCUCAUGGUGGUCUGUGGCUGGCAGGCAGAUCGCCUCAACGGCAAAUGGACCAUUACCGCUUCACUUGUAUUACUUAUUGCAUCCAGCGCUUUUGUGCCGCUUGCUGCUCCAGUUUCCGUCUGGCUCGUUUUCUUCUUGAGGUCUGUAUUUUUUCUUGUUUUUUUUUCUCAGAGCUAAGUCACAAAUAAUCCGGUAAUGACUCUAUUUUCUGUUUUCAACUGUUUUGUACUUUUUGUUGAUUUGAAAUGUACCUUUCUCUUCAUUUAAUUAGCCGACAACUUUAUUUUUCUAUUUUUAAGAUUUUUUUUCUAAAUUGACUCCCCCGAAUGGAAAAGCAAGUAGAAAAGUCAACGGAAAACGAUAAUACCGCUCGCUUUUAAGAGAGGAAAGAAGUUUUGAAAAAAUAUCGAAAAAUCGAUUAGAACAAUAUCAAUGACUCCACCUGGAUGUUUCCAAGUCUGAAAGAACAAGUAAGUCAACACCGUCUAAACAGUCAGUAACCAUUCUGUUGAUACAAACUAAGAAAAGAUAAACAAACUCUCAGUUUCAAAUUUAGGAAUGAAAAAAAUCGAAGGAAGGAACAUUCAAUGUUUUUUGAUAUUUAUUAGUUUGUUUAGGACGGUUCUGUAGGAAAAACUAUUUUACAGGAAAAGGCGCAAUUAGGAGACCAUAAACAGUCGUUAGGGUUCGGAAUUAUUUGAGAACGUGCAUUGAUGAAAACUUUUUUUUAAUAGUCUCCACAUGAGCAAUUUGAAGAAUAUUUUGAUUAUAACCGAUAAAAAUUCAGAAGUCGCCACUUGAGAUUUUUAUCUGUUUUUUCACAGAGUUUCAGUGAAAAUUUUUUCAUGCAUAUUCACUGAAGCUUGUUUUCUAUUGGAAAGAAACAAUUUGAUUUUUGAAUCGAAAAAAAAAAUCCAGCAAGAGAGCUUGCUAUUAUUUUUUUUUUUUGGCUUUCCUACUUGAUCAUCGUUUUCAAUUUACAGUUCAAAUAAAGGUUUUUACAGAGUUCUGACCGGAGUUAGCGAUUCAUUUCUGUUCCCAGCGGCGUCGAGCAUGAUCACAAGAUGGUUCCCACCAAAAGAGCGGCCCUUCGCCCUGGGAUUCGUCACAGGAGGCCGACAAAUAGGUACGCAGUGUAAUGCUGACCAACGUCCAACCCGACAGAAAGAACAACAUUCUGAGAAAAGAGAAAAAGAACGGUUUUUCCUUGCAGGGACUCUCGUCAUUUUGCCGGUGGCUGGUGUUCUCUGUGAGAAAAAUGGCCACGGGAUGUUCGACGGUUGGCCGGCUAUUUUCUACGUCUCAGCCAUAACGGCAGCCGCCGUUCUGAUCAUCUGGGUCAUGUUUUCUGCCGACAAACCUUCCAAGCAUCUUUGUAUUCCUCUGGUGAGCAAAUAUUUCAAUAAUAUCGCUGCAGGAUUUUUUUUUUCUGGUCUGAGUCUCAUGAAAAAGUGUCAAAAAAAAUUGAAAGUUUUUUAUGACAUCUUUUUUUCUGACUAGGAAGUAAAAAAUGAAGAUUGUAGUGAUCGACCUGUUAUUUGCGAGAAGAAAAAAUACAAAAAAGGCAAAUUGAUUCGAUUAGCAUCAUUCUCUAUUCAACUUCCUUUUUUUCCGAACUUUCGUUGAAAAUUAGCUUCACUACAAAUAUAUCUUUAAAUAUGAAACUUGAGAAAAUUAAGAAAAAAAGAACUAUUAUAGUAAUAUUCUCGACCGCGUUUAUAUCCGUUUUCAGAGCGAAGAAAUGUACAUCAGCAGAAAGAUAGAAGAAGAAAAUGUUGGUAAACGGACGAAACGCGGAAAUCCGCCUUGGGGGAAGCUUGCUCGAUGUCGUUCUCUGUACGUCGCCGUGGCGGCUCUUGUCUGCCACGAGUUUCCACUUGUCAUCAUGCUUCAGGUCAGUCGCGGAGUCCGAAAAACCUUCAGUCUAGUUCCCUAUUGAAACCAUCCGACCGUCAUGUUUAUGUUUGCGCAUGAGUCUAUUUAUGCUCUCCUUCUUUUAUAUUGAGCAGAUCAUCAAAUAUUGUUGUUUUACAGUUCCUCCCAAAGUUUUUUUCGGACGUUCUGGGACUAUCCAGUGCGAUGAAUGGUCUUUUUUCGGCCCUUCCUAUGGCGGUUUUGUUCCUGUCCAAAACGCUCUCUUCUAGUUUGGCUUCCAUCAUCACGAGCAAGUUCAUGGGUGAGAAACAUUUUGAAAACCAGAAAAAAUAUGGAAAUGAGACGAGAAAAGUCAAGAAACAAUGCAACAACAACCAAAAAAAAACUUUGAGAAGACAAUAUUUAGCAAUAAUUUUUAAAAAGCCAAACAAUCAUUUUUUUGGCGGAAAGAGAGCAUUAAAUUGGAAGUUUUGAAAUAAAACAGAAAAACCGAUUCAAGUUAAAGAUUUUUUCAAUUUCCAAGUCCCUUGGAGAUUGAACUUUGGAUCUUUCUAUUCACUUCUCGAAAUCUCUAUUACUAACAUAAUACGGACUUCUAAGUUUUUAAACACCUUUAGCUUUGAAAUCUUAGAGUACCGCUUAUACUUCGCCCACUCGAGCGUUAAUUGGAAUAUAAAAUAUGUCCGUUCAUUUCAUUCCAAAACUUUUUCAGGUAAAACAGCAAGUUGUAAAAUGUUCAAUUUUAUCGCCUCACUGGGCCUUGGAGUUUGCAUCGGGAUCACGCCGCUUUUUGGAAACGUCGGCCAUCCGGCCUAUGCAAUCACUCUUCUUUGUCUCGCCAACGCGUUUGCUGGUUAGUUUGGUGGCUCAAACGUUCUGAAACUAAUUUUCGUGAAGGUUUGCACACGCCUGGAGUUCAAACCGCCUUGGUGCAAAUAGCUCCCGCCUACACAGGUGUAGUCACCGGCAUCACGUUUACUGUUGCCGCAUGUUUUUCCAUCAUCAAUAAGCUUCUUACCAGUCAGAUCUUAACGUGAGUCUUUGGGGUCAGAGUUUUUCGACGUAAAAAAGAAUGAGUAACAAACAAUUUGGAGAAUCUCAUUUGGAAAAAACUCACUGACUCCGUUUGAGCUUGUUUGCCUCCUAUGGUUUUCCAGAAGUUUGCUCAACUUUUUUGCACGUGUAUCCGAAAAUGUGAAUUGAGUACAACUAGAGUUCAAACUCGACUUUGGUCAACAUAGGAGAAAACAUUUUCUUUCCUUUUUUGUUUCAAUCUUCAGUUAGCUUUUAGAAUUGCAAGAACAUGUUCAACGUCAAACUUGUCAGAAAAAUUUGGAACAAUGACUUGAACUCGAAAAAAGGCGUUCACACUCAUGAGAAAAUUUCCACAGUUGUUGAUAUAUAUCUAGAAUAUUUUAUCAUUCGGAUACCUAGAACGCAAGAUAAAACUAGAAAGAAAGAAUUCAAAUUGAUCCAAAUUUUAAAAAAAUCUGCUCGAAAUCGCAACAACUUACUUUCCAGGACUGGUUCAAAACGAGAAUGGACAAUUGUAUUUGAAAUCAGCGCCGUCGUUGCUCUGCUCCCAGUAGUUUUCUUCACUCUUUGGGGAUCAGCAGAGAGAGAAAGUUGGGCCUCUAACAGAUCUUCCAAGCCGAAGGAAGCCGACCAGAAGUCUGACGACUCCCAGGCUUCCAACGACUCCGCCGUCCAAACGUUCGCAAAGUACAGUCUCUACCUUACUCACGAUCUCACUCACUCGGCAUAG